GGUGUCCCCCGAAUAGCGGCCCCUCGGCGUCCCGGUCCCCGGGCCGCCCCGGCCGCCGCGGCCCGCCCGCCCGCCCUCCCGGCUCGUCCAUGAACUCCGUGUCCCCGGCCGCCGCGCAGUACCGGAGCGGGAGCCCGGAGGACGCGCGCCGGCCCGAGGGGCGCAGGCCACGGGGGCCCCGCGUCCCGGAUCCCAGCGGCCGGGGGGGCUCCGGCGCCGGCGCCCCCGCCCGGGGCCCGUCCGGGGCCGCCCCGGGGGAGCCGGACGAGGUGGACAAGUUCAAAGCCAGGUUCCUGACCGCCUGGAACAACGUCAAGUACGGUUGGGCAGUUAAAAGCCGGACGAGUUUUAGUAAGAUCUCCAGCGUUCACGUCUGUGGCCGCCGCUAUCGUUUUGAAGGCGAGGGUGACAUCCAGCGAUUCCAAAGGGACUUCGUGUCCCGUCUGUGGCUCACCUAUCGCAGGGACUUCCCACCCCUGGCUGGAGGCUGCCUGACCUCCGACUGUGGCUGGGGAUGCAUGUUACGCACAGGUCAGAUGAUGCUCGCCCAGGGCCUGCUACUGCAUUUCCUGCCCAAAGAUUGGACGUGGGCAGAGGCCUCAGGCCUGGCCACGGCCGAGCUGUCCACCUUGGCCUCUCCAGGCCGGCCUCGGGGGCCUCCCCGCCGGCUGCCUCCUCACUGGGCCCAGGGAGCCCCCGAGCUGGAGCAGGAACGUUGGCACCGGCGGAUUGUGUCCUGGUUCGCCGAUCGGCCGCAGGCCCCCUUCGGCCUCCAUCGGCUGGUGGAGCUUGGGCAGAGCUCAGGCAAGAAAGCCGGGGACUGGUAUGGACCUUCGCUGGUGGCCCACAUCCUGAGGAAAGCGGUGGAGAGCUGCGGUGAUGUCAGCCGCCUGGCGGUGUACGUGUCUCAGGAUUGUACAGUGUACAAGGCAGAUGUGGCACGCCUGGUGGCCAGGCCCGACCCCACAGCAGAGUGGAAGUCCGUCAUCAUCCUGGUCCCUGUGCGGCUGGGAGGCGAGACGCUCAACCCUGUGUACGUGCCCUGCGUGAAGGAGCUGCUGCGGUCUGAACUGUGCCUGGGCAUCAUAGGGGGCAAACCCCGCCACUCCCUCUACUUCAUUGGCUACCAGGAUGACUUCCUGCUCUAUCUGGACCCCCACUACUGCCAGCCCACUGUGGAUGUCAGCCAAGCUGACUUCCCCCUAGAGUCUUUCCAUUGCACCUCACCCCGCAAGAUGGCCUUCGCCAAGAUGGACCCCAGCUGUACCAUAGGGUUCUACGCCAGAGACAGGAAGGAGUUUGAGAGGCUCUGUUCCGAGCUGACCAGGGUGCUCAGCUCCUCCUCGGCCUCGGAGCGCUACCCCAUGUUCACCGUGGCCGAGGGCCAGGCGCAGGACCUGGGCCUGGACGACCUCUGCGGCCCGGCCGCGCAGCCCGCGCCCCGGCCGCCCCGCGCGGGGCCCCUCCUCAAGGCCAAGCGGCCCAGCUCCGAGGACUUCGUGUUUUUAUAGCGGGAAGAUGCGAGACUAUUUAUUUUUGUAUUUAUGUCGCGGGGCGCGGGGCUGGGACUGCGGGUGUCGCCGGCUCCGAGCCCCGAGCCCCGGCCACACCCCGACAUCGCCUCCAACUGUAGUGAGCACUGGACGGCCCCGCCGGGGGCUGCGGCCUAAUAAAGCUGUUGAACUUGGA